UCGCUUAUGCUCACGAACCCUCUGCAAGCUUCUCUUCUCCACUGCGCGGUCCAGGGCAUCUUGCUUUUCUCACUACAUACGUCUUUGGACUCUGUCUGGAGAGGCAUGAAUGACUGGCUUUCCAAAGGGCUUGGUCCUGGCCAAAUUAGUGCCUUGGUAAGUGAGAAAUUUGAUACGAGUGGGACGAGCGAAGGUGCAGAAGGACGGUUGGUCUUUCUAGAUGAACCAGUGUUGGUGAAAGAGCUGGUGGAUAGGGUGAAGUGGCAUCUUGGCCUAUCGCAGGGUGAAAAAAAUUUCUUAGCAUAUCCCUCCGCCGUACUUAGUGACAUUCGGACGGUGGCGAUAUGCGCUGGGUCAGGAGGAUCUAUGCUUCUUGUUGGACGCGAUGCGGAUGUUUAUUUCACUGGGGAGAUGUCGCAUCAUGAAGUCUUCGCAUCAGUCUCUGCUGGGAAGCAUGUCAUUUUGUGUGAAUGA